CAAAAAGAAAAAGAAAAAGAGCCUGGACUAUUACCAGUCUCUAUCUCUCAAGUCUCUGCGAGGCCACUGAAGAAAUGAUGCACAUUAUUUGCAAAGCGCGCGCGUGCCAGGUAAAUUCAGAGAAAGGGGGACGAGGUGCUGGUGGCUUACGGUGACUGCCGAGUGAAGAACUACUGUUCGUGAACAUGCAGAUGCGAGAUUGAACAAUUUACCGAAUUACAUCAAAUGUAUAUUUUGAUUGAAGAAUGGAAAUCAUUCAGACUUGCCACUGAAAGUUGGGUUUGAUCCGUUUUCUUCUACAAUUUGAAAUCUCGGUUGGACGGUUCGUAGAGUUUGUAAGUAAUCAAUGAACGAUCAAAUCUCCCCUCGAGUUUAAUGGAGUAAAAGUAGUUUCAAUCCGGUAAAUGGAAGAGCAGACGAGGUUUUGCUAUGAGUGUCUUAAAAGUCGAAUCAAAUUCGACUUUUCCGAUCGGUUAAUAGUCUCUUAUGCCUUAUCGGACUCCGCUUUACCCUUCACCUCCACCGCCGUUGUUCAGGUGUCAAAUGGAGAAACUUCAGGUUCUCAAUUUGUGGUCGUAUAUCUGCCUGGCCACGAUCACAAUUGCCUAACCAACUAUGUGAAUGAGUAUUUGCUGGACAAUUUUAACGGUCUUCGCGAUGAAAGUAUUCACACCAUGUCUCAAGUUACUGGAGAUCAAGUUGAAAUUCAAGAGGAUAGUACUCAUGCAGCUUCUUUGCAUUCGCCACAAAUUGAUAAGAAAUCACCCACUGACAGUCCUAAUUAUAACCACUCCAAUAGGCUCUCUUGUUCAAGGAUAAUCAGUUCGUUGGCCCCCAUUGCUCGUGUUAGCAUUUCAUCCCCCUCUACUUUUGAGGAAAUUGCUUCCAGCCUUUUGUCUGAUUCUUUGGAAGAUCAUGUAUUGAACUCACUCUGUCUCUUAAUUGAAGGAAGAGCGUCAGGAAGAGACUCCGUGAAUUUCCUUAGCUUACUUGGAAUUCCGUCUUUUCAAGAGAAUGUCUUCCAGAAUUGCUUGAGGCAUCCCAAUGUCGUGCCUGUUCUUUCAUUGCUAAGGACUUCUGGUCAUACUAGUGCAAUAUUGCCUACAACUCCAUACACAUUAGAGAACAUUCUCCAUUAUAGCCCAGAUGCCUUAAAGUCCGAGUGGCAUAUAAGGUUUCUACUAUACCAGCUACUAACCGCCCUAGCCUUUAUGCACGGCUUAGGGAUCUUCCAUGGCAAUAUACGCCCAUCUAGUGUAAUGUUGAACGAGAUGUGCUGGUCUUGGCUGCACAUUUGUGAUAUGCCUGGGUUAGUGUGUGAUUUAAAUAGAAAAGAAAAUAAUUGUUCGAGGGCUACAUCGGGACAGAUAAACUGUUGCGCAAAGGAUUGUUCUUCUAAAGCUCUUUAUGCCAAUUCUAGGCUUUCAUCCUCUAUAGACUGGCCUUCUAAUUUCAUUCGUUGGUGGAGGGGUGAGUUGAGUAAUUUUGAAUAUUUACUUGCCUUAAAUAGAUUGGCUGGGAGAAGGUGGGAUGACCACAAAUUUCACACAAUAAUGCCAUGGGUAAUUGAUUUUAGCACAAAGCCAGAUGGGAGUUCUGAUGUUGGAUGGCGAGACUUGAGCAAAAGCAAAUGGCGGUUGGCAAAAGGCGAUGAACAGUUGGACUUCACCUACACUGCCUCUGAAAUCCCACAUCAUGUAUCAGAUGAGUGUCUCUCUGAGCUGGCCGUUUGCAGCUACAAAGCCAGAAGGUUACCUUUAAACAUUUUACGUAUGGCCGUCCGUUCAGUUUAUGAACCCAAUGAAUAUCCUUCUAACAUGCAGAGACUUUAUCAGUGGACCCCCGAUGAAUGCAUUCCUGAAUUUUACUGUGAUUCUCAAAUAUUUUAUUCAAUGCACGAUGGUAUGGCUGAUUUGGCUGUACCUCCGUGGGCAGGUAGUCCUGAGGAGUUCAUUAAAUUGCACCGUGAUGCUUUAGAAAGUGAUCGGGUCUCAGCAAAACUCCAUGAGUGGAUUGACAUCAUGUUUGGAUAUAAAAUGUCAGGUGAAGCAGCUAUUGCUGCCAAGAAUGUUAUGUUGCCUUUAUCUGAACCCACAGUUCCAAGGCCUAUGGGACGUCGUCAGCUCUUUAGUCAACCACACCCAAAACGACAAGUUCCGACCAUGAGAUCGUGUCAAAGCCCUGUAAUAUCAGUUGUGAAUCAGGGGCAUGUAAGUGAAGUGGAAGAUAAAAAUACUAUUAUGUCUGAAAUAUUCUACUUAGAAGAAUUAGAAGCAGCAUCAUCAUUCCUUGAAGAGGGCAGACAUUUAAGUCCUCUUUAUGGCGACUUUGCUAAGAAGUCGGAAGAUAUUCCCUCCAAAGAAUUUUCAUCGGCAAAGAGCUUCAAUAAAUGUUUAAGCAAUACUUCUGAUAUAUUUGUGCAGCAUGAGCUGCGAACCAAUAUUACACUGAACUAUCUUCUUGAGCAUGUUGAAGUGGAGAGUAAAGAUUCAAUUGGAUAUCAAGAAUUGUUAUCAUGGAGAGAAAAAAUAUUUCAAUUGCAAUUUUCUGAUGGUGCUGCGAAUGAUAUCUUUUCUAUUGGUUGUAUUUUAGCAGAACUUCAUUUGAGGAGGCCACUUUUUCAUUCUACCUCAUUAGCUAUGUACUUGGAAAGUGGUAUCUUGCCUGGCUUUAUGCAAGAACUUCCUCCUGACAUCAAAAUUCUUGUUGAAGCAUGCAUCCAGAAGGACUUGACAAGGAGGCCGUCGGCCAAAAAUAUAUUGGAAUCCCCUUAUUUUCCUGCUUCAAUCAAGUCAUGCUACUUGUUUCUAGCUCCACUUCAGCUUCUUGCAAAAGAUGCUACCCGACUUCGUUAUGCUGCCAAUUUUGCAAAGCAAGGGGCUCUCAAGGCAAUGGGAGAUUUUUCUGCUGAAAUGUGCGCUCCUUAUUGCAUGCCUCUUAUAUUGACUCCUCAGACAGAUGCUGAAGUUGAAUGGGCUUAUGUACUACUAAAAGAGUUUUUGAAGUGUCUGAUGCCUAAGGCUGUGAAGACUUUGGUCAUACCUGUUAUCCAAAAAAUUUUACAGGUUACUGGUUAUUCGCAUCUGAAGGUUUCCCUUCUCCAAGACUCAUUUGUAAGAGAGAUAUGGAAUUGGCUUGGUAAACAAGUGUAUAUGGAAACAAUUCAUCCUUUGGUCAUAUCUAACCUAUCUGUUGCUCCACAUAAGAGCUCAGCUGCUGCUGCAUCUGUGCUUCUUAUUGGCUCUUGUGAAGAACUUGGCAUGCCUGUUACCAUUAAUCAGACAAUCCUGCCUUUAAUCAACUGCUUUGGGAAAGGAAUCUGUGCAGAUGGCAUUGAUGCGCUGGUUAGAAUUGGUGGUCUUUUUGGUGAAACAUUCAUCGUCAAGCAGAUGCUACCAUUACUCAAGAAUGUUGUUAGAUGCUGCAUUAAAUUUUCUUCUCUGUCCAAGCCUGAACCCAUGCAAAGUUGGAGUAGUUUAGCUCUUAUUGAUUGUUUCACCACAUUAGAUGGUCUUGUUGCCUACUUACCCAGUGAAGUGGUAUUAAAGGAGCUUAUUGAGGGUCAGAAAUGUUUGCAUGUCAUGGUGCUUAUUCAGAAGAAUUUGGAUGUCUCAGUGCUUCAGGUUGCCGCUAGUUCUCUAAUGACAAUUUGUCAGCUAAUUGGAUCAGAUAUGACUGCAUUGCAUCUAAUACCCCAACUUAGAGAGGUAUUCGAUGAGCUUGCUUUUUCGCAGGAAGCUGCUUAUCGAUCUACUUCUCUUGGCAAAAACAUGAAAUCUUCCAAAUCAAGCAUUGAUGGAGAUGUCCUCAAUGAAGGCCGCAUGGACCUUGUACUGAUUUUGUAUCCUACAUUUGCAUCUAUUCUUGGGAUAGAAAAGCUCCGACAGUGUUGUACGACAUGGUUGCUUCUUGAGCAAUAUCUUCUUCGGUACCAUAACUGGAAGUGGGAAUGUACAGGGACGUCAUCUCGAUGCAGUUCAGAAAAAUCAAUCAGUAAAAGGAAUGAAUUCAGUAAGGGUUCAACUAGUGAAUACAGUCCUGCCAAACUUUUACUUAAUGGUGUAGGGUGGUCAAUCCCUCAAUCACAAAGGGCUCAAGGUGCCAAAAACUUGAUGCCUCUAAGACAUGCUGUUCAUCAAGGUUCCAUGCAAAUGCAUGCAUCAACUUCACCUUCUAUAAAGGUUGAACCCUGGUUUUGGUUCCCCAGUAUAGCAUCUAGCUGGGAUGGACCUGAUUUUCUUGGCCGCGCGGUGGGUUUGAAAGAUGAACAUCCAUGGAAGAUUAAAGCAUCUGUUAUUUACUCUGUUCGUGCGCAUCAGGGGGCAGUAAGAUCUUUGGCCAUUUGUCCAGAUGAAUUUAAUGUUUUCACUGCUGGAAUAGGAUCUGGGUUCAAAGGAAUGGUUCAGAGGUGGGAACUGUCUACAGUUAACUGUGUUUCAGGUUAUUAUGGUCAUGAAGAGGUUGUCAAUGACAUUUGUGUUUUGUCGCCUACUGGAAGAAUAGCUUCUUGUGAUGGAACUAUACAUGUCUGGAAUAGCCGAUCAGGAAAGCUUAUAUCAGUGUUUGCAGAGUCAUCGUUGGAUUCUGCACAUCUUGCAAGCCCUUUGUCUUCCGUCUUGAAGACAAACGCUGACCAUGUCAACUCGAUAAGUUCCAGUUCAUUGUCAAGUGGAAUACUGACUAGUGCAUUUGAUGGAAGCUUGUAUACAUAUAUGCAUCAUAUAGAAUUUGCUGAAAAGCUUGUAGUGGGCACUGGGAAUGGUUCUCUUAGAUUUAUUGAUGUUGCUCAAGGUCAAAAGCUUCAUCUGUGGAGAGGAGAUGGCGUUGAGUCUGGUUUUCCUUCUCUAGUCUCCUCCAUAGGCUCUUGUGCGUUUGACAAAAUGGUUGCAGAUGGUGCUUCGGCUAUGCCUUCCUGGAUUGCAGCUGGACUAAGUUCAGGGUAUUGUCGACUAUUUGAUGUGAGGAGUGGAAAUGUUACUGCCACUUGGCGGGCACAUGAUGGUUAUGUGACCAAGUUGGCUGCACCAGAAGAACAUAUGCUUGUUUCAAGCUCUCUUGACAGGACUUUACGAAUUUGGGAUCUGAGAAGGCUUUCCCCAUCAAAGCCAAUCAUUUUUAGAGGUCACAAUGAUGGUGUAUCUAGCUUCUCGAUGUGGGGCCAAGAUAUCAUCUCAAUUUCCAGAAACAAGAUUGGACUUUCGUCUUUGACAAAAUCUGCUGAUGAAGAUGGGCAAUAUCGAAUUAUACCUCAAAAUCUCUCGAGCAUGGACCAGGGAACAAGAAAUUUAUCAGUAUUGUCUAGUAUAAGUAUUCUUCGUUAUUCAAGAUUGUUCGUUGUUGGAACAGAAGAUGGUUACAUGAAAAUUUGUAGUUAGACACUUUAUGGUGGGAGGAAGGGGAAAUCAUUUCUUUUUCAUUUUGUUUAAUUUAUUUAUUAUUUAUUUAAUUUUUUUUUUUUUUUUUGAAAAGAGAGAAAAAAAUGGUGUAGGGAGAGAAACCCGAGAAGGUGUUAAACCUAACCACCUCUCAAACUCAAGUUUCUUCACUCUACUUUCAUUUAUUGUUUGCGGUACGGUUUUAAAAAUAACAUAUAGAGGUGUUUAAUAAAUGAGUAUAAGUUAUUGGGUUGGGUGGAUAUUUAUUAUCCAUAUUUGUUAAGUCCAUAAAGAAAACCUAUGGAUUAUUAAAAUUCAUUUUUUACCCAA